AUGGAUUUCCGUGAUUGGCUUCAUUCACAGCUCUGCGUGACUUUACCAGUUCCUACGAAGCGGUAUUCUGGCCUAACUAUCAUCGUUACCGGUUCUAAUGUAGGAAUCGGUCUCGAAACAGCCCGAUACUUUGUCUUCCUAGAUGCGGCCAAAGUCAUCCUCGCCGUUCGGAACACAGCGAAGGGUGAGGCAGCUGCCAAAUCUAUCAUCCAGUCUACAGGCCGUACCGGCGUUGUUGAGGUAUGGCAUCUAGACCUUGCAAGCUAUGACAGCGUCAAAGCAUUUGCAGAACGGGCGUCAAGCCUAGAGCGACUCGAUAUCCUGGUCAACAAUGCAGGAAUACUCGUGUACAAGUUUGAGCUUGCGGAAGACAAUGAGUCUACUAUCACCGUCAAUGUAGUGAGCUCAAUGCUGUUAAGCCUGUUACUGCUACCAAAGCUUCGAGAAACCUCGGUCCGGUAUGGAAAAGAGAACGUUUUGACGUUCACUGGAUCCUUUGUCCAUUUCAUGACAGACUUUCCUGAGAGGAAAGCCCCGAAUAUUUUCAAAGAGUUGGCGAAUAAGGAGAGGGCUAAUAUGAAGAAUAGAUACUAUGUCUCCAAACUCGUCCAACUCCUCAUUGUCCGCGGACUCGCAAAUCAAAUCACCAACUCCACAUCACCGGGCGACAUCACAGUCUCCAUUGCCAAUCCGGGAUUCGUCAAGACCGAAGUAAUGAGAAACGCAAGCGUCAGCUUUCAUCUCAUCUUCAGACCGUGGCGAAAGCUCGUUGCUCGUUCGGCAGAAGAAGGUGCUAGGACAAUCCUUCAUGCAGCGGCUGGUGGGAAAGAAACCCAUGGCCAAUAUUUGAGUGAUUGCAAGGUUGCUGAGACUUCUGAAUUCGUGCGUAGCAACGAGGGUGAGGAAGUCCAGAAAAAAUUGUGGGCGGAAUUGUCCACAACACUUGAGAGGAUCGUUCCCGGUGUUAUGAAGAAUAUAUCAUAA